UUCCUCGUUUAGUUUUGGCCGCCAGUUGUGUUUUCGAUUGCUCUGCGUGCUGUUCGCUCCAAAUCUCCAACUCUCCGGCUCACCGAUUCUUCGCGCCUGCUCCAACUCCCGUUUAUCCGUCAGUUUGAUUGUUUGUUUUCUUCGCUGCACUUUUUGCGCGCGCGCAACCGCCGAUGAAAUAAACAGAGAAAAACUUGGCGAAAAUCUGCAGCGAACACUGGAAGUGCUACAUUUUAACAGACAAUCCACGUGAAUGUGUCUAAAUUGAAACAUUUACUUUAUUUUUUUUUUGUUCUGUUAAGUGUUGAAACGCAUUUUUGAAGCAACCGCAAAAUAAACUUUUAAACAAAAUGCAACAAAAAGUUGAAGAGAAAAUCGAUCCCCUGACUCGCAUCCAGGAGGAGAUCAAGGAGGUGGUGCGACGCGAGGAGGAGUACCGCCAGCUGGCGACCCUCUCCUCCGGCAGCACCAUCACCUCCUCCCCUUCGGUGGAGUUCGAGACGUACACGGUCAACGGCAACGGGCUGGACUUUGAACAGAAACUGGACCAGGAUCAGGAUCAGCAGAAUGAGGAUCAGAGUCAGGAUCAGGGACAGGGAGUUCUGGUGACUGCCCAACCGGUGACCACCUCGCUGCUGCUGCCCAUCGACGAGCUGUCGAACACACCAUCGCUGGCCUCCAGCGUGAACAGCGCCAAGGAGGAGAGCCUCGAUGGCCAGCACUCGGACGACUCCGGCAUCUCGGCCUCCUCGCAGAGCAACAUCAUCAGCGCCGUUGGAAAUAGCAACAGUGCCACCAAUGCGGCCAAGCAGCCGCUCAAGCUGACGGUGGUGACGCGCCAGGAGCAGCGUUACAUCGGACCCAAUUGCUAUAACUUGACCCCUGAGCCGCCGCAGCAGAAGCUGAUCACCAGGACCAUAUCGACACCCCAGCUGAGUGGCUUGCCGCAGAAGCGACAGUUCGCUUUUGGUGGCUCCACCAAGGGAGUGAUGCAGCGAUUUAUUGCCUCGCAUGGCAAGCUGGCACCCACCAGCCCCCUGCCACCGGCCUCUCCUCUAACCCUCUCCCUGGCCACCAAUGGAAAUGGUUCCCCAGCUGGUGGUAACAAUGGUGGCAUCGCCAAUGGGCAGAGCAACACCCUCAAGCUGAACACCCGCACUGCAAUGGCCUUCUUGGAGUCCGGCAACUCGACGGGCGGCAUCACCUCGGUCACCCUCUCGCCGGCGGCCAUCGAGCGGGACUCGGAGGGACGACCCCUGCGAAGGGGCUACGUUCCCGUGGAGCAGAAGAUCCAGCGCGAGCUGCAGGACCUCAAGUCGCGCGAAACGGAGCUGAAGCGCCUGCGCAAGAUCAACAGGCAGAACACCCUCAAGGCCUCCCUCGACAAGCUACAACUCAGCACAGACGACGAGGCCGAUGCGGAUGACGAUGACGAGGACUCCGAGGUGGAGCACUGCUACGGGCCCGGAAAACUGCGCAACGCCCAGUCCACGCAGGAACUCGAUAGGAAUGGAAACGAGCAGGAGAUCGUCCACAAGCCGUCGGGUAAUCGCAGCCUGAACGCCUCAGCUUACAUUGCCAAUGGAAUCAGCAAUGGCAACGGCAACGGAAUGCGGCCGGCGAUGUCCUUGGCCCAACUUUGUGAUCUGACGCCCGAGGAGGCGCCCUCGUCCCGCGGCCUGAUCGCCCAGUGGGAGAGCCUGAUCAAGAAGAACGCCGAGGUUGGAGCGGUCGAGGCGAUCAUCUAAAGAGCUCUCGGUCCGGAAACCCAAGGCAAACGAUGGGAAAACAAAAAGAAAAAACAAAAACAUACACACACCAACGAUCUGGUGCAGAGCAGACCAAAUUAUUAUUGUAGUGUCCACACCCACACACUUGAUCCUCCCACUUGAUCCCCCUACUCCCACUUCACCUCCCCCAGCCUGCGAAAGCUGCUUAUCAACGAAUUAAUCUUAAUGCCAACCGAUGGGAAUUGAAAUUAUAACUGAAUUGAAUUGCCUGUACUUAAAGCGAUUAAUGUGUAAUUUAUUUUGUGUAAUGCGUACGUGAACUGUCCGCGAACUCUGUUGUAUAUAUAAUUCUUCGCGUUUCCAGUGCGAGUGCAGUCGACUUGCUUAUAAUUUAUUACAAAUCAACUUUAUAUAUACCUUAUAUAAUACAUAUAUAUAUAAACAAAAUUCUAUAUGUACGAAACCAAUAUGCGAAAACGAUUUAAUAAAAUAAAAAACUAAAAACUA